CGCAACCAUUCAUCUCCCGAUUCUUACGCCUGUAAUGCUAGACCAUCGCGCGCGUGUCCCAGCUUCGACAUCACCGUUUUUUGGCAGCGAUCUUGGAUCCCGCGGUUCCGACUCGCCUUGCUCAUGUUGUCGCGACGGCACAGGACGAGCCGCGUGCACGAAUGCCAGCCUCCAUGAGCGCGCAUAGCUAUGCCGCCCCGGGACUUGGUAAAGAUGAGCUGACGGAUGAUGUCAUCGAAACACUCUACGACAUUGUGCGCCGCGCCCAAGCCUCGUCCGACUCGACGUCGCGCGCCCUCUUCACCGCCUACGAAGAAGUGCUCGCCGAGCUUGGACUGCGGCCUAGCGACGAUGCACUCCUGCAUAGAUUCUUGUUCCGCAUGCAGAGCCAGCCGCGGAAGGAGGAGGGGCUCGUGCAACGCUUUCGACGCGUGUUGAGCGAGUUGGGGAUUGAUGUCGAGGUCGAUGAGGACGGUGAGGGCAUCGAGGUCACGACGGGCUUGGGUGGCACGACGCGUCAUGGGGGGCCGGUGGUGCUGAAUGGGCGCCCACGGUAUGAGAGGAGGGGCAGCUUUGACUCGUUCUUUGACGGCACGGCGGAUAAAGUGGCUGGCUUGGAGGAGGGGGAGACGCGACCGAGGACCAGGAGGGGCAGUCACGAUGUGCCUGCGACAAAUGGUUACGGGGUGCGUCGCGCGCAGUCGGACACCGAAACACAUUCGUACCAGCAGGCACGCCUCCCUGUGAGGAAUGGCGUGAAUGGCGUGAAUGGCUAUCAGCAUCACAGGGCGGGCUCGGGACAGUAUCGACGCGCUUCGGUGUCUAGUCGCGGGAGUCUGCGCAUAAGAAGAGAUGGACCCGUCACUGCGGCACAGGCCCAGGACAACGACGGCGACGACAGCGAGUACACGGAUCGCACGACGAGUCUCGACUUGAGCCGCGUGCAGGUACCCGGUGUGAAUGCGCCGAUUCCAGACUACCGCGAGGAGUCCUCGCACUACGAUCACCACGAUCACCACGACCACUACGAUCACCAUGCCCCAGAGCCACAUCACUACCAGCAGUACGUUCCCGAACCAUACCGUCCAUCCGACACGCGGUUGAUGGACGACGCCGAGACCUUCGAGCAUCAACGCCUGCACAGAGUCACGAGGGGCUGCAUACACAAGUGGCGCACCAGCACGCGCGAGCAGAUUGGGAAGUAUCGCGAAGACGAGAGGCUUGCCAUUGCAUUCGAUCGCAGUAUCUUGCUCAAGCAAUCCUUUGAGCAGCUCCGCGACACCGCGCGCAUGAGACGCGCCGCACGAGAGACAGACCGCUUCUUCGACCGACUGGAAACUCGCGCGGACAAGGCUCGGAACUUGUUCUUGCUCACGAAAGCUUUCACGCAUUGGGCCAGCAGCGCGGAAGACCAGGUCCAACGCACGUCGGUUGCGCGACGCCAUAUCCUGCGCACCCGAUUCUUCAACGGCUGGAGGGAGAUUACCGCCGUCAACGAGCUCAAGAUUCAGCACUUCGUGCUUGGCAAAUUUCUUCGGGUUUGGCGCGCGCGUGCUGAUGCCGUCCGCGAGAACAGCCACAAUGCGGUGUUGGUGUAUGAGCAGAAUCUGGUUCACAGGUUGUACAAAGAGUGGUUCUUCAAGUUUUGCGCGGUCGCUGCGCCGGCGUGGCAUAAUGCGCGUGUCAAGACGACCAUGUUUCGGAAGUGGAGUGAGAUUGUGAGGGUGCUGAGGGAGAGGGAGACAUGGGCGGCUGAUCGACGGGAGCGUACGGUCAUGACGAAGGCGUUGCAGGGCUGGCGACAGAAGACGGUGGCAGUGCAGGCGCUGGCACCGAAAGCAGAUGGGUUCCGACAGGCUUCACUACUUUCUACGGCUUUGCGAAGCAUCCAGAAACAAACGCAACUAGCACCGCUUCGUCGACAGCUCCAAGAUCGGGUUGACGGUCGUAUCCUUCGAACAGUCUUCCAAGACUGGCGCCAUCGAGCUCAAUUAUCCCGCCAGGCUCGCAAUGUCGACCAUAUGCGCAUCCUGCGUAAUGCAUACACUGCAUGGAACGAUCAAUUGCGCAUUCAAGCCCUCCAGCAACGCAUCAACGACCGCAUCAUUAUCGAGUGCUUGUACAAGUGGACUCUCGCAUCCCGUGUCUCCCUCUUCCAGCGCGUACACGACCGACAGAUCAAAGAAUCCGCUUUCCUAGCAUGGGUCACUAAAACCAACCAACGCGCCAACACGCUCGAUGCUGCAGAGCGGCGUUUUGCGCAGUUCAAGCGCGCUCAACUCAUGCGAACAUGUUUGAAGAAGAUGGAAGUCAUCACGGCUGAGAAGCGAGCAGAGCAGUUCGCCGUCGCAGCGCAGUACCAGCAGAAGCUUAAGCAGCGCAUUUUCGAGACGCUGAAGGAACGACUUGAACAUUUCCAGCAGCUGAACAAAUGGGCUGGUGACGCACAGUUUUAUGUCGUGAGCAAACGGGCGCUGAGGACUUGGAGCGACGCCACGCAGCAUAAGAGACGGGAGAGGAGACGGGACGCGUAUGCGCAGGUCCGGCGAACGGUCAAGACGAAUCUUGUACGCCGUGUCUUCGAUGUAUGGAGGGGGAAGGCGGAUACCAUCGCCGUCCAAAACCAACAAGCAGACGUCCUCAGGCAGACGAGAGAUGCCUACACAAGCAGGACAUUGCUGCACGCAUGGCACGACAAGACGAUCACUAUCCAUCAGCUGGAUACCCAGGCGUCCAACCUCCACACCUUCAAACUCUCCUCCCGCUGUCUGCACACAUGGACACACCGUCUCGCGACGCUGCAGACUAUGCACACGCAAGCCCACGCGCUGAGACAAGAAAGCACCGAGCUCGCUGCCUCCGGCGCGCUCAAGAAACUCGGCUGGCGACUGUGGAAUGUGCGUCGCCAGGAAGAAAAUGCUCGCGCGCUGUAUGAGAGGAACUUUGAGAAACACGUCAAAGCUAUGCUGCGCUUUUGGCUUGAGCAGACCCUCGCACGUCGACCGGUGGUGCAAGAGGGUGAUGAAGGGAGUGAGGCUGGUUUCGAAGACGAUGAUGACAACGGCGGAUUCGGCGAAGACGGUGACGAAACGCGCCGUCUCGAGGCCUGGACCGCAUUCGAUGAGAACGCGCUGGGUCUCAACAACGCCCUCGAUCUCGAGCUAUCGCUCACUCCGCACCGCCAGCCACCUACCUCCACGGCUCGACCCCCGCAAACAUCAACGCCUUACCCCCGCCCUCCGUCGCCCAUCGACGAACAAGAUGAAGAUGACGCAUUCGAUGACCCCUCCGCUUUCUGGUCCGGUACACCUCUUCCUCCUACAUCGAGCAGGAAAAUCGUACAACAACCCCCGCCAACGGCAAGUAAACCAGGCUACCUCAAGACGCCGAGCAAACGCAGCGUGGCGCGCGCCAAACGGCCCGAAUUGCCUAUGAGUCCGGAGAAACGACCCGUUGUUGCGAACCAGAAUCUGAAACCUAGUCAGCUGGGCAGUAUGAGUGCGCCGCCUGCGCGUGCGGUGUUUGAGCAGGGCACGGCGGGUCGGGCGGGCGUAACUAGCUUCGAGCGCAGACUGCGGGAUGGUGGGUUUGGGGGGACGCCGAGCGCGAUGAGGGGACGGGGGAGGGCGAAGGGGAGGGCGCUGGGGAGGGUCGGGUUUGGGGAUGUUAGUGAGAUUGGGUGA